AUGGCCGAAGAAGCACCUCAGGUCUCCUACGAGCAGCUCGCUCUCAUUGAGCAUGAGUUCGACGAGAUUGACAGCGAGAUCAUGCGCAAGCAGUAUGAACUCAGCAAAGGCGCCUACGCCAAACGCGCCGAAGCCGUAGCAAAGAUCCCCAGCUUUUGGGCUCUCGUUCUUGAGCAAGCACCAAUGGAAGUAGACCAAUACAUUCAACCUACCGACUCCCAGAUCUUCGCCGAAAGUCUCGUCAGUCUGAACGUCUCGCGCCCAGAGCUUGACGCCGGCAAAUCCAAUGGCUCGUCACGCAGCCUCAAGAUCCGCUUCGAGUUCAAGCCCAACGAUCACUUCGAAGAGAGCGUCCUUGAGAAGGAGUUCUCGCACAGGCGCUCCAGCGAUGGCUGGCAAGGGCUAGUUUCCGAGCCCGUGAAGAUCACCUGGAAGAAGGGCAAAGACGUCACUGAAGGCUUAACAGAUGGCGCGCUCGCGCUCUGGGAAGCACGCAAGAAGAAGGGCGAUAUGAAAGCGACAGAUUCGAAAGAGUACACCGAGCUUAAGAAGAAGGUGGAGCAUUGGAACGGCGCGAACACUUCCUUCUUCACAUGGUUCGGGUACGUCAGUGGGCGACGAUGGGUCAGCGCUGAAGAGUCUGAGGCAGCCAACAAGGAAUACACAGAGAAGUUGCAAGCUAAGAAGAACGGCACAGCAAAGGCCGAGGAAUCAGAAAAGGAAGACGAUGAAGAAGAAGACGACCAGGAAGACGAUUCUGAGGUCGAAGUCCACGAAGCCGGCGAGGAUCUGGCCAUCAGCUUUGCGGAGGACAUUUGGCCCAAUGCCAUCAAGUUCUUCACGCAGGCGCAAGAGUCCGAUGAUUUGUCGGAGCUUGACUUCGAGUCGGAUGAUGAGAUGGAUGAGGAUGAUGCGGAAGGAGGUGACGACGAGCCGGUCGACAUUCGCGCGCUGGUGCAGAAGGAUGGAAAGGGGCGCAAGCGACAAAGCGACGUUGGUCCAGCCUCGAAGAAGCAGAAGAAGUAA